AUGCCCCGGGACCGAGCGUCCCAUCGCUGCAUGCCACCGAGGCGGAGCAUCGCCAGCGCGUGUUCGAGAAGCAGCGAGAGCUGGAAGCCAAGCAAAAGAAGCAGGAGAGAGGGGAGGCGAAGCGCCGGCGAGAACAGGAAUUGGCGAUUUGGAAGGAGCAGCGAGAGGAGGCGAAGCAGCGCAAGGGCGGCGGAGGGGGUAAAGGUCCCGCCGUGCAGACCUCUCCCGGCGAAGGGAAGGCGGGAGGGGGAGACGCAGACCGUGCGGACCAGGGGAGGGUGGGUGCUUCUCUCGGGGCCCCGGCUGAGGAAAGCUGCGAGGCAAGGAGCUUCAUCUGCGGUGCCCCUUCCCCCCCCCGGGCCGCGCCAUCGCGGGCGAUGA